CGUGCGCGUCCGCGCGUGGUGGCGAUGGAGCGUGGCGCCCGCUGGCGGGCGGGAGCUGAGGACGGGCGCGAGGCGCCGGGGCUGUGGGGGGACGGCGCGCAAGCGGGAAGGUGACGGAAUUUUCUGUCUCCUGGCUGUGCGCAGGGCUCUGGGGAGGCAGGCAGCUGCAGGCCCCUCCGGCUGAGCGGGGCGAGGGAGAAGCGCGGCUCGCCGUGCAGCGCUUUGAGGCCGCUCCGUGGUCGAUCCCUGACCGUGGCAAAGGGAGGCGCGGGGAGCUGGGCUGGGACCGCAGCAGCCGAGUUCUGGGACCUCAAAAGCAGACGUAAAAUCAGUUUCCCCACUUCUGGGGAUGGCAAAACCAUCCUGUCUGCCCCAGCAGAGGUGACGGGACGAUCCGGGAGGAGCUGCUUAGGCGGUGGGUUGCCUCGAGCAAUUGUGCAAGCAGUUAUGGGCUGAGGUGUAUUUUUCAGCUGUGCGUUGGAGCUUUGCAGGAAUCUGGGGGUCUGCUUUCUGGUGGGAGCAGAAACACACACAGUGCAGCCGUGAGCAGGCUGCCGUGUGACACAUUUGCACAUCUUUGCGCUUCUCAGGUUCCCAGCUGCUGGGAGAUGGCCAGCGCUGUGCAGCAAGGCCACCUCACUCCUCGGCUUGUCUCUCUCCCUGCCUGCCUCCCCUCUAAUGCAGUUUCUGGAAACCUGCCUCCUUCCUUGGGGCUGCUCCCAGCGGAGCUCUAAUGGGUUUAGUUCAGCCUCUCUUGCAGCAAGGUGAUUAAUAAUUGAAUAAAUGAAGUCAUUGCUGAAUAGAGAUGAAGGAACGGAUGACCACAAAGAAAAAAGGGAAGAAUGGUCUGUUGGAUGUCUGCCAGUCCCACCCCUCUGCCUGGCUAGAAGCACCCUGCUCCAGCAUGGCCCCCAGCAAGCAGGUCUGGGCUGGAGGUUGGCUGCACCUUGGACUCAUGUGAGGGAUUCGUGUCAGCUGCUGUCUCUCAUUGAGGAGCAGUCAACUUCUCUCUGUCCGUGGCAAGGUCCCCAUUCUGGGACCUGGACUACCCACUGUGGAGAUGCCUUGUCUGUGAAGGAUUGGAGGAGGGCAGAUGGAUGCAAGCCAGAGCAGGCUCUUCCCACUAACUGCUCCAAGGCAGGGGCUGCAGCAGCAUGGAGCCAGAACCAGCCCACAGUUAGCUGUUUAGAGCACUCUGGUGCUGCUGGGCUGUGUGUUGGAGCUUUGCAGGAAUCUGAGGGUCUGCUUUCUGGUGGGAGCAGGUACCUAGCUGUUAGGCAGGUUAUCAGAUGCUCAGAGUGGGCACAGGGCUGCCCUGAGCUGGUCUGCUCCUGUGCCUCAUGUUUCAUGGGGAGGUGAUGGGGGAGAGCUGGAAGUAAGAAAGGCAGAGGGAAGAUGGGCUGGGCACCACUGCAGCUGCCCAGCAGGUCCUUCUCAGAAUCCAUGGAUCCACGGCUGGGUUUCGUCUGUUUGGAUGCUCCUUCCUCUAGCUCAGUUCCAAGCGUCCUGGCUGUAGCCUGGAGGCAGAGGGCAAAAAGAGAACCUGUCAUGGGGUGUCUGUGAGGACAGAUACUUCUCUGCUUAAUCUUGACCCAAAGGACCUGCAAGCCACAGGGGACAGGAAACAGCAGGAGAAUGGCCAGAAGAGAUGUCAGGGGCUGUGAGUCCUGACCAGGCAAAAGGAUACUCCGUUCCCAGAACUGGGAGCUGCAGGCUCCCUGUCCAGGCUCCCUGUCCAGCCAGAAGUGGGAGAGCCCCAGGGUGCUGCUGCCACGCUCCUCACCCUCCUGUGGCCUGGCCCAGGCUCAGAGAGAGCACAGAUUCCCCCUUGUUUCAGCAAGAAAAUAGAAGCACAGAGAGCACCACAGUCCCUCCUCUGUUAUCCAGCUGGCUGGGCUGGAGCAGGCGGGCACGGGGCUCUGUGCGAAGAUCCUGCUCUUUUUGCCCUGGAGGUGAGCCCUCUAACAGGCUUCCAUGCUUCUGGAGACACUCUAAGACACACAACCCUGAACUUUCUGAAGCAGAGAAGCCAGCCCUGGUGGGCACAUCUAGAGGGAAGUGGUUGUGACAGUCCUUCCACCAAUGCAAUAAUGGCACCACAAGUACAAACCUGGUGAUGAGGCUGAGUGUACAAAGAUGGGACAAAAAUGUUUUCUGAGCCAAAGUGUCCACGUGUUGCGAGGUGAGGACUGGGUCUUGGGUGCAGGGUGGUGGCUCAGACCCAGCAGGGAAGUUUUUGGCAAAGCAAAAGGCAUGUGGAAGCCUGUAGGGCAGAUGGAGACUGCACAUGAGGCUCUAUUAUCUUCUGAGCCCAUUUUUUGAUACUUUAGGCAAAAUGCCUGCUGCUGAGUCCUUGUCAGCUAAAGCCAUCACAGAGACUUUGUAGGAAACAUGCCUGGGCUGCUACGUGGGCAGUGAGCAGGGAGGGAAAGGGAUGGUUGUCACUUAGCAGGACUGCCACUGCCCAAGUGCACAGGGUGCUAAGGGGCCUGAGGGCAUCCUGUGCUCCCUACCUUCGUCCUGGGUGAGCUCCCCUACCGGACCAGGUUCUGCAAGGAGGGAUGCAAACCCAAGCAUCACCAGGUGUGUUCCCUGCACUAAAGCCUCAGCAGCUGCCUUCCCUUUUUCAGGAUUCCAAAAGCAAAGCUGAGCAUGGCUUACAGCUGCGUUUCUAGGCCAGGUCUUUGAUGAGCUGGCUGCCCAGGUGAGGAUCUCGCUGGACAGCAGGGCUUGGAGGUGAGCAGUGCUUGCCAUCUGCUGGACAGCAUCUCUACUGCAGGGCAGCAGCUGCAGCUUCGCGUUCAACCCUAGGCUGAGCACGUCACGUGCACUGCCUGUGCAGAGGUGCAAAAGGCUGCUCUCCCCCAGGGCAGAACACAGUUUUGCUUCAAUGUUGUAAGUCAGAAUGUGAUCAUUGAGAGAAGUUUUCUGUAUGACUUGGGGCGUGCAGGAUGGUGUGUGGGACCAUGUAACAGCAGAUGCAAAUGGAGAGGUCAGGUCCUGGCUAUCCCAGUGCUGGUGCUCAGCUGGUUUUCUGCAGUUUCUCUGAACCUCAGCUGCUGAUCCUAAGCCUGACCCUGAGUGCUACAGCUACAGGGCAAACCAGCCCAGCUCCAGGCAGGUUGGUGCCUGGUGCUCAGGGAAACCAGGACACAUCCACAUGGCUGUAAUUUGGCAAAGGCAGCCUGGCCUUGGAAGUGCUCCCAAUGCCUGCGGGGCUACAUCCCAACACAGCAGCCCACUGUCCAGGUUCCUGGUCUCAAAGUGAGGCUUUUGUAGGUGCCCUGCAUGUACCCCGGGAAACGGCAGAAGCUGCAUUUCCUCCACGCUGCACGUUGAGAAAUAGUUGGUGUCUUUCUGCUGACAUUUACCACAAAUAUUCAUCUGGAGGCAUAUCCUAAUAUAGAAAUUCCAAUUCAAGGUUUUCAGCGCAGUUUCAUAGGAGCACCUUACAGCCGUGAAAGAGCAGCUGGCCCAGGAAAUCCAACACGGGCAGUUCCUGCAUGCAGUCAGAUCCUACAGGCACAGGGUCCGUCCUGCCCAGCAGCGAUGCCUCCAGACGUGGGCGCUGCAGAUCUCUUGAAAGGAAAGGCAGCUCUUUGUGUUGACUCCGUUGAAUGCAAACAGCCUCCGGCAUUCUCAUUUGACAGAUUUUCUCGAGCCUAUUACUUUGAAAUCCAUGCUCUGGCUCAGACACGUGGGAAUUUCCUUGUGAUCCCCAUGUCCCUCUGCAAGAUCUCAUCUGAGAUCUCAUCUGAGAUUUUGCUUGUCUUUCUCAGGGCUGUAGCAACCUGCAGCCACUGAUUACCCCAAUCCUUCUUCUGUUUCCAGCUGAUCUGCUCCCAAUUUGAACCUGAGUUCCCACAGUGGUGAUGGGGCAGCUCCCAGGGUCACUGCGAUAACGUGACCCUUGGUGAAACUCCAAAAGUGAGUCAGGGUGGUGGAGCAGGCUACCUCAGGGCUAAGAAAAGACUUCCUCCUGCAUCCCAAAGCUGCUCUUGUAGUGAGUCCAAAGACACCAUGUGUGGUUUCUAUUGAAAGCUGAAACACGCCAUACGGCAGAGGUUUUACAGACUCUAUAAAUAGCUGCUGUUUAGGAUGUAUGGUAUGGAGGAGGCUUUAGAAAUCAAAAUAUUUAGAAAUUUGCAUUAUUUGUCUUGGCAGGAAGGAGCAACCAAGACUGAAAUACAAAAUCAUCCUUCAAGGAAGGAAUGGAGUUGGGGGAAAACAGUGAAAUGUGGGAAUAACAGGUGUCAAAACCUCCAAGAAUUCCCUUUACAGUGAAUGAGAGCAAGAAACACAGCCCAGUAUAUCUGAAAGCAGCAAGAAUUCAUUCAGAACGCCUAGCCUUAUGUGUACUUCUGAUAGAAAAUACUGAUUUUCAAAAGGAAUCGUGACAUUUCCAUCAACAUCACAUUUGAAUAUUGCAGGAACAUCCAGAACACUCAGCUAAAAUCAGCUCCAAGCUGGGCUGUGUCACUGUGAGCUGCAUGAGUGAGGAUAUCUCCAGCUCAUCCUCCAUUCUGUUCCCCUCUCUGUUUUAUUCUGGUCCCCAUGUGGAGCUGUGUAACAGGAACACUAAGAUUGGCCUGAAUGGGGAACAUGUGCGGAUGCUGGGUGUGAAAGCACUGGUGGAAAUUACAAGAGCAGGGCUGUGAGAAUGGGAAGUGUUGGUGGAACAUAGGUUAGCAGGUCAUUGUGACUCCAGAGUGUGAUGGUUUUCUCAUCUCAUCUCAUUUCAUCUCAUCUCUUCUCACCAUGUGGUUUCCCAGCCUGCCACUUGGUCAAAUCUGUCUCCAAGCCUGUUUUCAGCACCCCCAGCCUCAAUCUGCUGUCUGCUGCUGCAGGAAAGUGAGUCAGCUUGGUCUGGUACCUUGGGCAUGUCAAACCAUCCCGUCUGUCAUCUUUGGUAUCACAUCCGUCGUACGUGGCUGGGUUCACAGGGACAUGGAUGUGUGAGGGGCCUGCCAAGUCCGGACAGCUCCAGCCUGUGCUUCACCCACCUGUUCCCCAGCAUCCCUGAGCAGAAGUGCAGGAUGGCAGCAAUCCCAGCAAAGGGGAAAGAGAGAUACAGAGAAACAAAGGGAUGUGUCAAGGCCUGUACCGCUGCAAAGGCAAAGCUGUGGGCUGAGCUAUGAUGGCUGCAGAGGGACUGUGGGGUGUGGGCUGGGUUGGAGCAGAGAAGCACCCACAUGUGGUUUUACCCUGGCCCAGUUUUGCUCAUGCUUAGUAACACAGUGUUUUAGUGAAGCAAAAGGCUCUGGGCAUAAGAGAUAUUUCAGUGCCCUUUAUCCUACUCCUUCUGAAAGGUCUGACUCACUAAGUUCAGUCUGUUGAGUUGUGGUGUGUGAUACCCUGGAGCACUUAAGAGCCUUGGGCCUGGAAUAAGCUCUUCACCUGGUGCAGGGAGUCUUCUCACUUCCCUCAUUGAGUUCCUCCUCUGGACCUCUACAAGGCCACCAUGUUGGGCAGUGGUUUCUCUCAUGUCUAAGUGUUCCUCCCCCACAGAGGAGCCCAGUGGCUGCAGCUGUGGUUAUUCGGCAGCCAUGAACUGCGCCAGCACCAGCGGUGUCUUGCUCUUGCUCUUCCUCUGCCUGCAUGAGGUGUCAUCCAUAAGCCUUUGCCUGGAGGUCAGCAGAGCCCUUGGGGAUGUAAUGUUUCAGAGAAGAGCUUCCAGCCAAUGCAGUGACACUGUUCCUGUCCUAAAUGGCACCAGCUGAGCCAGCAAAUCUCUUUUGUAUGUCUAUAUGACUGCUGGGAUAAUGCCAGGAGGAUGUCAGUUCUACAUCACUGGAACAAAAUAACAAUAUAAGCCAAACUCCACCAUACCAGCAUCAUUGUGAGCUUCUAAAACUCUUGGUGAAGGUUAGCAGUCAAUUCUUGCAUCCAUAGAUAACACAGUAGGAUUUAAGCUCCAUGGCAUUUGUGGAAGUGUAAUGUAGCAACAGAACCAGUUCCCUAAUGAGUUGCUGCAAGUGAUGGGAAGGAGCUGGGAAGGACAGGUGAGGAGCCUGGACUUAGGACAGCACUGUGCUCUACCCUCUGCUCUGUGUGGUUAUGUGCUGGUGGUGUCCUGGUUGAAGAAAGCCCCAUCACUCUGGGCAGUGCUGCAAGCAGGACACAGAGGCUGUGUGCCUUGCUGACCUGCUGAGCAGGCAGCCAGCAUAGCUGGCGUGACCCAUGGCUCUUCCUGUUGCCAUGGCUGCAGAGUCCACUACUCUGUGUUUCUGUGAUGCAGAUAUUCUAGAUGUGUGUGCCAGCCUUGCUCAUUCUCUAUUGUCAUGUGACUUCUAGGCAAAAUCUCAUGAAACACUACUUCUAGGUUUUCGACUUCUAGGUUUUGGUCUGAGGAAAAAAAAAGAAGAGUUGGUCAUAUCCUGUUCCCUCUUAUUUCAGAGUAUUUUGUCAUGGUGUAUCACUUGCCACAUCUGGGCACUACUGCCCGUCAGGGCUCUGGGUACUUCUCUUCACAGGAUGGUGUAGGACUCCACACUCUUUACAUAGAAUUUCUUGACACAGCACUUCUUCCAUUGUAUCACAAACUGUCUUUCUGCAGCAUUUCAUCAUGCUUCCAGCCUUGUGCACCUUUAUAAAGCGAGCUGAACCCAGGAAUCCCACAUCGGACCCAGUGAAGGACCCUUUGCAGCAGUCUAGACUGAUUCCUACAAUUAAUCUCCACCAAUCAGGAACAUGAAGUCCUCCACAGCUGCCAUUGCUGUUCUCAUUGUGGCUGCUCUCUGCUACCAAGUCUCCUCAAGUCCACUUGCUGUCAGUUCCCGUGGAUCCUGCUGCUACAAAUUCUUAAACAAAGCCCUUCCCCCAAGCAAGGUGAUGACGUAUGAGUACACAGGAAGCAGAUGCCCCUACCAUGGUGUGAUAUUCACCACGGUUGAGAAGAAGAAGUUUUGUGCCAAACCAGAAGAGAAGUGGGUUCAGGAUAUCCUGAACGUGGAGAAGCACAAGGAUAGCAGCAAGUGAGCUGUGCUCCAGUCCCUUCCAGCAUCACGCAGCUGCAGACUCUCAUGGGCACCUCCCAUCAGAGCCCUGUCACCUCCUUGCCCGUGCAUUUGGCAGACUGUUUGCAGACUGUUUUACAGACUUUGUAUAUACUCUUUGUAUAUAUACUUUGUAUAUAUAUUUAUUUACCUAUUUAAGUGUAUGCAAAAGCAUUUCGACUUCAUGGGGACAAACUUUUCACUGUAAUUUGUACGGAUUGUCUUUUGGUUGGCUUUGUGAUAUAAAAACAAAGGAAAGCUGCCCUUCGUCCAGCUGUCUCUCUGUCAGGCAGGGCUGGGGCCCGCAGGCCGCACCUGACCCCAUUGCAGCCCCAUGGCAGCGGGUCACCGACGUCCCCUGUCAUCGCAAGGCCUGCUGCCAGCACGGCCGGUGGGAGCCCCA